CUACCGCAGUGCUUGACGGGAGGCGGAGCGGGGAACGAGGCCGUCGGCCAUUUUGUGUCUGCUUCCUGUGGGACGCGGUGGUAGUCGUUGGGUUGGGAAAGUGAGGGAUUUUUCGCCUCGUUUCGCCUGCUUCUUUUCUCCUCCCUUUUACUUUGCCGGUAGAACACAGUUAUGGGUCGCAAGAAGAAGAAGCAGCUGAAGCCGUGGUGCUGGUAUUGUAAUAGAGAUUUUGAUGAUGAGAAGAUCCUUAUUCAGCACCAAAAAGCAAAGCAUUUUAAAUGCCAUAUAUGUCACAAGAAAUUGUAUACAGGACCUGGCUUAGCUAUUCAUUGCAUGCAGGUACAUAAAGAAACAAUAGAUGCCGUACCAAAUGCAAUACCUGGAAGAACAGACAUAGAGUUGGAAAUAUAUGGUAUGGAAGGUAUUCCAGAAAAAGACAUGGAUGAAAGACGACGACUUCUUGAACAGAAAACACAAGAAAGUCAAAAAAAGAAGCAACAAGAUGAUUCUGAUGAAUAUGAUGAUGACGACUCUGCAGCCUCAACUUCAUUUCAGCCACAGCCUGUUCAACCUCAACAAGGUUAUAUUCCUCCAAUGGCACAGCCAGGACUGCCACCAGUACCAGGAGCACCAGGAAUGCCUCCAGGCAUACCUCCAUUAAUGCCAGGUGUUCCUCCUCUGAUGCCAGGAAUGCCACCAGUUAUGCCAGGCAUGCCACCUGGAUUGCAUCAUCAGAGAAAAUACACCCAGUCAUUUUGCGGUGAAAACAUAAUGAUGCCAAUGGGUGGAAUGAUGCCACCUGGACCAGGAAUACCACCUCUGAUGCCUGGAAUGCCACCAGGUAUGCCCCCACCUGUUCCACGUCCUGGAAUUCCUCCAAUGACUCAAGCACAGGCUGUUUCAGCACCAGGUAUUCUUAAUAGACCACCUGCACCAACAGCAACUGUACCUGCCCCACAGCCUCCAGUUACUAAGCCUCUUUUCCCCAGUGCUGGACAGAUGGGGACACCUGUCACAAGCUCAAGUACAGCUUCAUCCAAUUCAGAAAGUCUGUCUGCAUCUUCUAAAGCUCUGUUUCCUAGCACAGCACAAGCUCAGGCAGCUGUCCAAGGACCUGUUGGUACAGAUUUCAAACCCUUAAAUAGUACCCCUGCAACAACUACAGAACCCCCAAAGCCUACAUUCCCUGCUUAUACACAGUCUACAGCUUCAACAACUAGUACAACAAAUAGUACUGCAGCUAAACCAGCGGCUUCAAUAACAAGUAAGCCUGCUACACUUACAACAACUAGUGCAACCAGUAAGUUGAUCCAUCCAGAUGAGGAUAUAUCCCUGGAAGAGAGAAGGGCACAGUUACCUAAGUAUCAACGUAAUCUUCCUCGGCCAGGACAGGCCCCCAUCGGUAAUCCACCAGUUGGACCAAUUGGAGGUAUGAUGCCACCACAGCCAGGCAUCCCACAGCAACAAGGAAUGAGACCCCCAAUGCCACCUCAUGGUCAGUAUGGUGGUCAUCAUCAAGGCAUGCCAGGAUACCUUCCUGGUGCUAUGCCCCCGUAUGGGCAGGGACCGCCAAUGGUGCCCCCUUACCAGGGUGGGCCUCCUCGACCUCCGAUGGGAAUGAGACCUCCUGUAAUGUCGCAAGGUGGCCGUUACUGAUCUUACUUCAUCCAGUCUAAUAGCCCUGCCAUAGGACAGGCUGAGGCUGAGUCUCAGUGUUGCCCUGUUCAGUCUGAGGCAAGUGGGAUUUAUUUUAUUCCUUAUAGGGGCUUUCACAGCUUUAUGGCUGUUGGAUAUUUAUGUCCCCAAACUUGCAGCAAGUUUGGUGAAGGCCCCUAAAUUUAAUUAAACUUAGGAUUUUUAUACUCUUUUGGCAGAGAAGGCUCUAUAUUAAUAUUCACGUUUGACUGUGGUGUUAAUAAACAUAAGUAUUUCAUAUGCAAUUUUAUGUAAUUUGCUGUGUGUUACAUAAUUAACAGCUUCAGUAAAGCUUGUGUUCCUAUAUUGAACUUAAAUAAAUUGACAAAAUUUGAUAUUUUUGAUUGGAGGCAAGAAAUGUUUCAUUCAAAUUUUUUACUUUCACUUCUGGGAAAAUCUUACUGGUUUUAUUUUCUCCAUAAACUAUUAAAUUUAACCUCAAGGAUAAGUUUAAUCAUUGGAAAUGCCACUGGAUACUGAAAUGUGCCUUCUUUUUUUUGAGACGGAGUUUCACUCUUAUCACCCAGGAUGGAGUGCAGUGGUGCGAUCUUGGUUCACUGCAACCUCUGCCUCCUGGGUUCAAGUGAUUCUCCUGCCUCAGCCUCCCGAGUAGCUGGGAUUAUAGGCUCCCGCCACCACAUCUGGCUAUUUUUUCAAUAUUUUUCAGUAGGGAUGGGGUUUUGCCUUGUUGGCCAGGCUGGUCUCAAACUCCUGACCUCAGGUGAUCCACCCAUCUCAGCCUCCCAAAGUGCUGGAGUAGCAGGUGUGAGCCACCACGCCUGGCCAAAAUCUGCAUUCUUUUUUUUUUUUUUUUUUUUUUUUUGUGAGACAGUGUCUUGCUGUGUCACCCAGGCUGGAGUGCAGUAGCACGAUCUCAGCUCACUGCAACCUCCACCUCCUGGAUUCAAGCGAUUCUCCUGUCUCAGCCUCCCAGGUAGCUGGGAUUACAGGUGCGUGCCACCACACCCGGCUAAUUUUUUGUAUUUUUAGUAGAGACGGGGUUUCACCAUGUUAGCCAGGAUGGUCUCGAUCUCCUGACUUUGCGAUCCCCCUGCCUCGGCCUCCCAAAAUGCUGGGAUUACAGGCAUGGGCCACCGCGCUUGGCCAAAAUCUGCAUUCUUAAUCACAAACUUACGCAUUGAAUGUUAAGGCUAAAAGGUCAUCUGGAGAUGCUUAAUUUUAAAAUAUUUUCAAGCCUCACCACAUUAGAGCAAAUGUUAAUGUAGAGCCCUGUAAAGGUGGGAAGGUGGUGUCUAUGUGUGUGCUUGUGUAUGUGGGGGUAUAGACCAUAUAGUUGAUAUAACAACAGAAUUUGGGUGUUACAGACCUUUCAGCAUGGAUGGAUUACUAAUUUUCAGGUAUCAAAACUGAAAUUUGAUACCUGAUCCUGUGGUAAAGUAUGUUAAACUAUGGUUUUGGAGUGAUUAUGUUGAGGUUCAUUUUCAGCCUCACUGAACAGUGUUUUACGCACAUGUGAAAAGUAUCCACAUUUGUUUCCAACUAAAAUUUGCUUUUAUUUGGUGAGAAAAGUUGUGUGUGUGUGUUUGUUGUAGGGAAUAAUUAGGGAAUUGGAAGAGAGGCCAAAAACAAACCUGAAUUAUUUUUGUUUCUUGUGUUUGAGCCACGAUUCUAUCCAGAUAGCAGUUUACCCUGAGCAGUAACAAUGAACAAACAGUAUAGCAUUUAGCAAACCUGGAAUUGUUUGUAUAUGGUUUUCAUUCUUGGAAGCAUAAAGAAAAAAUAUGCAUUAAAUGAAUUGUAAAUUUUGACUUGUUAAAUAACAUGUUUUUCACUAUAACUAAUAGGAUUUUAAUAUUUAAAGAAUUUUGUUGCUUCCAUGACAAAAUAUCCCAUUGGACUAUUUUAUAACCUCAGUAAUCAACAUUUAAGAGUCCUUAAUUGGAGAUCUGUUUUCUCUAUUACCUACCAUCCCGCAAUAUGCUGAAAUCUUUCUAAGUUGCUUAUCUUAAUUCUAAUGGUGAUAAUUGAAAAAAGUGUGCUGGAAAUACAGGCUCUUACCUGGUUGAGUACUGGGGGUGGGAAGGAUUUAGUAAUGUCAUAAUCUGUUGAAGGUAAUAUCUAUAGAUAACUAAGAUAGUUCCUUUUUUUUUUGUAGUUCUGUGACUCAGACAAAUAAGAUUUCGAGAAUUAUGUAGUUUUUAGGUGUCUGUAACAUCCACUGGUAAAACUUGGCAAAUGAAAGAAAAUUGUGAAGUCACCACUUUAACUGAGUCAAAAUUUUGUUUGAAUAAGCUGAUGAAAAUAGACAUGUACCCUAGAAGUAGAUAUUCUAAAAUUUAUACAGACAUGAAUGUCUUUUUUAAAAGGUUGUCAUUAUUGACCUAAUAUUGAGUAAUCUUUCUGCGUUAUUCCAAAUUGAAAUUUGUUUGCUCUUCAUUGCAACUUUUAUGGAAAAGUCCUUUAAAAGGGGAUUCAGUUAUAAGGCUAUUUGACUAUAGGGCAGAUUUUUAUAAGUAAACAUUCCCCCAAUUCCACUUACGCUGUCUCAUGACAGUAAAGUUUACUCCUUUUUAAAAACCCUUUCUCAGUAUUUUAAUUUCUGUCAUUGAAUCAUUUAAAUAAUAACCUUUUGUUUUUAUAGCAAAGAAAUCAUCUGACUUUUCUGUGUGAUGUUUCUUGGCAAAAUAAGCACUUAAUGAUGUAUGGUCAUGUACAUAAUGGAUAUUCAUUAAUUUUGUGAUUAGUGCUGAAUUUUCUAAACUAGUAUCCUAAGCUCUUAGGCACCCUAUUAUGGAUCUAAUUCAAACCAAUAUGUAGGAAAUGGAGAAAGUAGGACUUCAGUUUGCGCUUCCCAAUAACUUUAAGUAUAUCCACCUUUUCCAAGUGUUUAAGCCCUAAAACAUCUAUCUUUAUUUUUUUACCUGGCAUUUUUGUUAGAAAAUAGAUUACGUUUUAAAGUAACAUUAAAAAAAAAUUCUUCAGUAAGAUAAUUGCUUUUAAUAAGUAUAUUUUUCUUGCUCUUGGCUCUAUACAUUUUUGCAUAAUAUUUUAGUCUUGAAAAGCUUUUCAUUUUCUUAACUCUGGAAAAUAGUUUGGAACUAAAUUAGUUUGAGAAAUCUGAAUCAUCUCUCUUUAAAUCUGUUCAAUUAGUCUCAUGUAUUCUCAGGGGAAAAUGUCUUUAUUUUACUAAGCGGAAGUAGUAGUCAUAUUGAGGCAGAAAUUUGUAGCCCAAACGAGGUAGGUCUUCGCUGAAACUAAUUUGAACUAUUCCUAUUUGAAGCAAAUUGAACACUAUUAUAAAUCUAGACUGGCUAAUUAGAUGGAAACUUUGAUGGUUAGGUUCUUUAAGAGGCAUACAAUCAGUUAUGAGAAUGUUUAUGUUUAUGUUUUAAUUUUUAUCAAAAUAACCUCAGAGGAGGUACAUGUGAGUAAACUGUCUUAAUGGUUGAUUACUUGGAACCCACCCAUUAAUUCUAAAUGUUGUAAUGGUCUAUAAGGUAGUAAUCUGGCACAGCUUCAGUAAUGUGUGCUGUGUUUGUAAAAAGGUGAAGUACUUUAUUGGCAUUUUCUAAGCCCUCUGACGUUGUUAGUGUCUGGGUUGGUUGGUUUGCAUUUUACUAUUAUGGUUGAAUCUGUGUUCCUUCACCAUUGGUUAAGUCUGAGGAACUAACAGUGAAAUUCAUUGAUGGCCAACUUGGAUAAAAAUGAAGAAUGAUAUUUUCCCAGUUUACUACACAUGGACCAAUAGUGAUUAUUUGGGAGAGAACACUGGGUAGUGUUGUUUGACUUAAGAACCUUAAAUAUAUUGAAAAGUAACGGCAUUCUUGCUCAUGAUUUGCAUUUGUUACUGAGGUCUCACCAUAGUAUUUUAAUGUAGCUUCUUACUAAAAUUUUAUUCAUAAAUAGUUUAGCAGUCAAAGAGGUGAAAAAAAAAAAAAAAAGAUUUGCACCAUCAUAUCCGAGUCUUUACUAAUAAAAUGAGGCUGCUUAAGUACCCAAGUGGAGCAAGGGAAGAGUUACUACAGUUACUGUAAGUCUGAGUUAGAAAAAAUACAGAGCAUCUAGUUAUUGAGCAAAGCCCCCUUUUACCUGUUCGCUUAUUCAAAGAGAAACAAUAGAAUUUGCUUCUCAGUACAUGUUUUUAAAAUUGAGAAUCUCUGAUGUGACAAAAUCAAUUUUUACAAAAGUUGAAUUAAAAACUUUUAAAAAUUGCUUGUCUUUGGGGGUAUGUCUACAUAUUCGUUUAAAUUUAGAAAUUCCCACAUGUUUAAGAUAUAUGCCCAUCCCCUUUUUAGAGUAAUCAAAGUUUCUAUCACAGUUCACAUACUGGAAUACAUAGUAAAAUUGAGAUGUGUCCAAGAGAUUUUCAGUGUUAAUUAGCUCAUUCUAAAUAGCCAAUAUAAGGUAACUUCUGUUAAAAAAAAAAAAAAAACUAGGGAAAAGUUUUAAAUGUAUUAGUAUCAGGCUCUGAGGAAAUUUAAUGCACAUUGACUUUUUAAACUAUGGAUUGAACUCCUCAGUUUAAUACAAUUUGUGUUUUUGUUAACUAGCAGCAGAAUUUCAGCAUUUGCUACUUACUGGUAGAGAAGAAAAAUCCCACAGCCCUGCCAGUACAGGUUAGUUUAAUCUGUAAGUACCUGAUGUUCCUAUUUUUUUCAAACAUAUCCAUAUAACUCACACAAGGAAGAAAGCUGUGCGGUUACUUAAAUGUUAGUAUAACUAAUAAUAGAUCCAUUGGACACUUUAAACACUCAGUACUUGGGCCAAAGUAGAUCUAGGUUUGCUAACCCCAGUUGUAAUAAAGGUGUAAUACUGCUCCUUUGUUAUCUCCUUGUGGUUCAACCUAAGUAGAUACAUUGUACAUAAAAGGAAAAGACAGUUUCAGUUGGCUAUGCCCUUGUUGAUAGAUGAUAUGGAGUCCAGGGCUUUGGGUCCAGGGUCUUUUACUUAAGCUAUUUCAUGGUGGUUCUCUCAUUCACCUUUUAACUUUUUACAGUAUGAAUCAACGUAAGAAAAAAGGCAAGUUUCCUCACAUCUAGAAAUGAUAAAUGGUGUACAGUCAUAAGCUAGAAUAUGUUUUUAUAAUGCUUUUUUGUUCUUUUAGCAACACUUGUAAAUACAAGUACUCCUCUAUUUUUGUUCUUUUUUUGUAAACUAUAACGUAUCCUGUUGGUGUACCAGUGAGUUCAUUUUACUGUAAACUAAGAAUAACAUACCUUUUUAAUACUGAAAGUUGACUACUCAUCAAGAAAUGUAGCUAGAUUCUUUAUGUAACACUUUUGAGGGGCAGUGGGGACAUAAUGGAUUGUGGAAGAUGUGUUUUAACAUUUUUAUUAUUUUUUUUAUUUUACCCAAGUUCGUUGUUGUUUGAACGAUCCUCUAAAGAUUUCCUUUAACCUCUAAAUGUUGUGCUUUUAGGUUGAUAACAAAUGUAAAGCACUGAGGAGGGAGGAAUAAAGCAUACAAGUUAAUUUCUAAUUUUCGCAAGCCUGAACCAUCCUAAUCUGAUAGUAGGAUGUAUGGCUUCUUCCUUUUCACCUUGUGUGAUGUUUAAUUUGAGACGAUCUAGCCAUAAAACUAGUAAUCUUGAAUUCCUCUUGAGCUGGAUGGUGAUUAGCCAUUGUGAAAACAGAUUAUAUGGAAAUUGUGCAUAUUGCUAAAUUUUAAAACAUGGAUUUAUCAACUGAUAAUAAAAUAUAUCUUACAAGAUAACCACUUGUUUUUUAAUGUAAAAUUGCACAAGGGCUUAAGUUUCAUUGCCUUUCACAGUUUAAUCUGUAUAUGAAAUGGUGUAGAUACAGUGGAAAUGGUUUUCCUUAAAACCAUCUCUUUAAAGCUGCCUUUCUGGUGAGUACUAUUUUAUACUUUUAUAUAUUAUAAUUUUAUCUUCUAAAAUUAACUGAAAUAGGACACUUUGAUUAAAGAGGUGAGCACUCUGAAUUUCUACAUCUUUGGAUAUUACUUGAAUCAAGAAUAUUAGAAAAUUAUUUUACCACCUGGCAUUUCCCUUUUAAUUUGCUAGUUCACUUUUUUCUGACCUUCACUUAACAGACUAUAAAUACAAAAACUUUGAACACAUAAAUUAUUUCAUUUUGGUGAGAUGGAAUAAAUGUUUAAAAUUAGUAUUUAAGAAAGUUCUUAAACAUUUUUUUUAGUUGGCAGCCAAAAGAUUUUUCUUAGUGCUUUGGAGACAUUGCAUAGGUGUAAAAUUAAGAUACCAGAACUUCAUUCUGUUCUUGUUGAAGCUGUUGUUGUGGUGAUUCAUGAGCAGUAAGCUGGAGUUAGAGUGGAAGAAGGGUUUACCAAAAUUCUUCCUGCAGACUAGUUGCUUACAGGGUUUCUGUGAGAGGCUUAAAAAUUUCAAAAGUAUUAUUUAAGCCACUCUAACCCUGCAUGAAAAAUUGGAGUUAGAAAUACUGAUUUCUGAGACCACGUAUACCAGUGAAAAUUAGCUUCUGAGUAAAUUUCUAAUUUAUGCCCUGCUUUAUUUAGCCUCGUUAUAUGUAACACAUGGAUUAUUUUUUCCCUCUAGUUUUUAACUAUAUCCUAGAUUAAAACCAGCAUAUGCUAAGAAUGUUUUUACAUUCUAUUUCCUCCUGUGAUCUUUCUGAACGAAUAAUAAACAGUCAACUGUGAUGCUUUUUAGUAUGAACAAUGAUAGUUUUCUAAAAUCUGAAAAUCAAUACCUGAGUAUGUGAUGUGGCAAUGCAUUCUUCUAGAUAAGCACUAAACAAAGUAUGGACCCUCAAUUUAUGUCUUUAAGAUUUAAAGUGAAGUAAAUUUCUAAGGAACUGUGUCCUUUCCUAUCAGGAAUAAACAGAGAAAAUUUGGUAAGUAUUUAACUUUAAGUGCAUGUAAUAGUGAUGAGAGUAAGUAGCCAAAUUUCCGUAAUAUAAGAUAAUGUUUAAAAGUGAGCAAUAAUUAUUGCAUCUCUUUUGCAACUUCAUGUAGAUGUGAUUAACAUUUUUUACAAAUUUGCCUGCAUAAAGAUUAAAUUGGAACAUACCUUACUCCUUUGUCUGGUUUUUUUAUUUUGUAUGGUGCUUUAAAUACUAAUUUUAUAUUUGAAGCUUUUUGCAGGGUAGAAAUAAGUGGCUGUUAAAGAAAAUAUCUUCAAGAAGGAUUAUUUCAAUGUCCCUUUUUAAAACUCGAUGAUGGCUUUCAGUUUAUUUAAGUCUUCUGUUUUUCAGCUCCAGUUAAAACUGACAAUAGGCAGCUAUCAAAAAUGGAAAAAAUCUUGUGCUGUUUCUGGAAUAUUAGAGGAAUCAGUUAGUAAAGUGGUAUUACCCAAUACUUGAUUUGCAGUUUUUAAAUUGAGAGAAAAGGGGCUGGGCCCAGCUGAGGUGGGUGGAUCUCCUGAGGUCAGGAGUUUGAGACCAGCCUGGCCAACAUAGUGAAACCCCGUCUCUACUAAAAAUAACAAAAAUCAGCCGGGUGUGGUGGGACGUGCCUGUAACCCCAGCUACUCUGGAGGCUGAGGCAGGAAAAUGGCUUGAACCCAGGGGGAGGAGGUUGCAGUGAGCCGAGAUGGCGCCGUUGCACUCCAGCUUGGGUGACAGAGCGAGACUCUGUCUCAAAAAAAAAAAAAAGAAAAAAAGAAAAAGUGAUAAGAUUUGGGAGUCUAUUCCCUGGGAUGUUGUAUUAAUAAUAAAGUGAUAAUAAAUGAAGGUUAAAGUGAAGUGUUCAAUUACUACACCAGGACAGAUUGAUUAUUUCUGAUGAAAAGGUCCGUUUAUUUCCAAACUAGUCUGUAGUGGUUUAGAGUAAGCAUUAUUUUAUGAAGUGGUACAAGAUUGCAAAGGUUAGUAAAGGGACCUGUCUGUCGGGUCAAUCUUUGGUCUUCACUUUUACUGGCAAGGGAUUAUGUGAAGAGUAAGUCAUACAAGGGAUAUGAUUGUAAGGAGGUCCUGAACAAAGCAUGAUAAAUGUUAGUCCGUGUGUAUUAUUAAAUGGUCUAAAGAAAAAUCAUGACUGAUCGCAUAAUUUUUAAUGUAAGUAUAUGAGCUCACUAAGGGUAAUUAAAUACUAGCUUUUAAAAUUUAAAGUUCUCACGAAUAUUAGUGCAUCUUGUCACUUUGAUUAGUCACCUGGUUAAAUAGCUGGAAGCUUGUGCAAAUGAAAAAUGAAAUGGAAGACUACAUUUGUAUGUAUAUCUGUAUAAUUUUUGUUUACUUGUAGGUUCAGAGAGAGAGAGAUGUUCCUUAACAUGUAGCCAUGUAAUUAGAACUCACAAGGGGCAUUGAAAUGUUUUUCUUUUUCAGAUAGUCUGGGGCUAUUUACUUAUUUUAAGUAAGCCAAGUCUACCAUUUGAAAAAUGGUGCUUUAUUUCCAUAUCUGAAGCCUGAAGUUAUUUUUUAGUUUGUUUUCAUCUAAAAGUGGAAAGAUUUUUGCUUCUGCGUUAUUAAGAGCCUCUUUGUUUGGAGGAGAUGGUUAUCUCCUUCACUCAUUAACCUUUGAGUGCUUGUUAUCUACAAAGAUGAAUAAAAUCCUUCAUUUAUUAUUUAUGAUACUUGUCUGAGCCCAUUUUUUAAAUUUGUAUCCAGAACAGUUAUAUAUUAAGAAGGUAUUAUGAUAUGCAUCAGUUGUCCUGAGCAGUUUUUGUUGUAUCCUGGGAACUGUAAGGAAUAAUUAUUUUUAUUAAAUACAGAAUGUCUACGGGGAAAAGGGGUAAAAGAGCACGCUUAGUGUGCAUAUUUUAUAUGUGAUAGUUGGGUAGGUAGAUGAGCCAGAAGAAACAGUGAUUUAGAGUGGAGCAUAAAACUAGAUCUUGCAACCAAAUCCUUGCUUUUCUAUUAUUUAUUAGUUAUAUGACCUGGAACAAGUUACUUCUCAAAUGGUAGUCAUAAGUUUCAUAGGUUUGUGAGAAACAAGUAAAUAUGUGUAAAAGAAUUUGGCCUGGCAACUUUGUAAGUGCUCAGUAUUUUCUGUAUGUUUACUUGAAAGAACUAACACACUAUACAUUUGUGCUAACCUUGUUAGACCACAGGCAGUGGUGGGAGCAGACAGUUAUUGCAAAUCAAAAAAUUUCAUUUAGCACAUAUAUAUGAAUGCCCACAGUGUGCUUUGAUAUUAUCCUUUGCACAUAGUAGAGAGGAAGUGCAUCUGAGUAGAGACUUUGGAACUGAGGAUUUAAGAAGCCAGCCUUUGCACAAAGUCUCAUUGAGUAACAGUGUUUUGGGUAGUAGGUGUGCAGAAACCAUGAGAUGGGAAACAUAACAUCUUGAACAAAAAAUGAGGUUUGAAUGGUGGGUGGGAUGGGUGUGUGUGCAUGUAAGGUGAGUGGAGAUGGGAGAGAGAGAGAGGCCAAGUCUCACAAUGGACCAUGGUUUGAAUGUCAUUCUAAUGGAAAUCUUUUGAAGAACUUGGAGCUGGUGAGUAAUAUAUGGUUUAUGAUUAACAGAUUAUCCUAAGUUGGUUGGCAGUGGGGCAGGGUGGGUUGGUGGGCAGUAUGAGGAUCAGUUAGAAGGCAAGAAGAACCUGGCCCCAAACAUCUCAAGAGUAACUGAUGUAAUGACUUACUUGAAUAGUCAUGGGAGAAGUUAGAAGAUGCUAACCUUGAAUGUGUGAAACACAGGAAAAGGCAAAAAGCAAAAUAUUGAUGCUGGGUACAGUGACUUAUACCUGUAAACUCAGCAGCUGAGGCUGAGUUGGGAGGAUUGCGUCAGGCCAUGAGUUCAAGGCUGCAGUGAACCAUGAUGGUGCCACUGCACUCGCUGGUGCCCGGGCAACAGUGAGACCCCCAACUCAAAAAGGAAACAUUGGAAAUACAGUGGGUUGGUUUGGGGGAUUUUUUUUUUUUUUUUUUUUUUGUUAUUUAUUUGUUUGGACGCCGUUUAGGCUCCACCUAAUCUGUAAGACUUAUUUAGGAAAUGUUUGUUGGAGAUCGAGUAAGACAUUGAGAGGCAAAAAAUAAGUUUCUUGAAGAGUCUGAGAAGGAUACAUCAGUACUACAAAGUGAAAAUGCCCUCAAAGGACGUAAAAUUUGGAGAAAGCAAAUUCCAUCUAUGUGAUCUCAGGAUGGUGGCAUUUGAAGUAGGUACUUGGAUUGUUAGGAUUUGGGCAAAUUGGAAAAAAACGUGUUAGAAAAGAGAUGGGAAAACCCAACAGUAUGAGGCUUAUGAAGGAAAGUUGUAAAGAAUGAGGUCAUUGGAGUCUAAAGUGUAAAGUUCCUUGAAUACCACAUUAGGCAUAUACAUUUUCUCUAGGAGUUGGGGUGUCUUGGGAUUCUUGGCAUAAAAACAACAUUAACUGCCCGGGUGUGGUGGCUCACACCUGUAAUCCCAGCACUUUAAGAGGCUUAGGUGGGCAGAUUACGAGGUCAGGAGUUCAGGACCAGCCUGGCCAACAUGGUGAAACCCUGUCUCUACUAAAAAUACAAAAGUUAGCCGGGCGUGGUGGCAGGUGCCUGUAAUCCCAGCUACUCGGGAGGCUGAGGCAGGAGAAUCGCUUGAACCCGGAAGGCAGAGGUUGCAGUGACCCAAGGUCAUGCCACUGCACUCCAGCUUGGACAAGGAGUGGGACUCCGUUUCAAAAAACAACAACAAAAAAACAUCGACUAGAGCAGUGGCUGUGGUUUUGGACCCAGUGUGUCUUCAGAAGCACCCAGGGUAUCAUUAUAGGCUGCCACUAUUUCCUGGCACCACAGGAUAUUUCCAUAUCACUACCAUCUGGGUGACUGAAUAAUAAAAUUUAGAAACCGUAACUGGGCCGGACAGCUAUUGACUUGGUGAGUUGAAACUAGAACUAUCUUAUGUUCACUAAGGCCAGUUUAAAGUGUUUUGGAAGCCUUAUAUGCCUGAGGCCAUUGUACUUCUUGGUCACUUUACAAACUAAGUUUCUUAAUUUUUUACUAUUCCCCACAAUUAUAGGACAUUGUUCUGCUCAGAAACCUUUGUUAUCACCACAUAACUUGUAUUUUGUAGUAACAGAACACCCCUCUUUCUGAAUUCUUCAUGGAACUUUCCUGAAAGCUGGUUCUGAGUCUCUACCAAUGUAUAUUCAUACAUUGUGCAUGUAUUAUAACCAUGAACAAUGGAAGUGAGCAAUGUGUAACCAUAUGUCUCAGUAUUUGCUAGGAUCAUGAUGCUAUGAAGCAAUUGAUAGUCACCCUUUUCACUUAUUCCCCUGGCUAUUCCACAUCGCUGCUUUUUCCUCAUCUGUUGAUGCCAUAAACAGUUUAUCUGAUGGCUUUCUGAUUCAUGAAGAUGGUAAAAGCCGAGGCCCUCAACCUACCAUAUCUAUAAAAUCUGUAUUUGCAUCCUUUUUUAUCACAUUGUACUAGGCAUCCAUUUACAGCUCUCCUCUUUUGCUAUGCUCUGGAAUCCAACUUUUGCCACUGUAGUGGUCUCCUUGUUCGUUUUUGUGUUUCUUUAGCUUCCUAUCCUGUUUUUGUUUUUUUGUUUUUGUUUCUGUUUUUUUUUUUUUUUGGAGGCCCAGGCUGGAGUGCAGUGGCGCAAUUUCGGCUCACUGCAACCUCUGUCUCCCGAGUCCAAACGGUUCUCCUGCCUCAGGCUCUCGAGUAGCUGGGACUACAGGUGUGUGCCACCACACCUGGCUAAUUUUUUGUAUGUUUAGUAGAGACAGGGUUUCACCGUGUUAGCCAGGAGGGUCUCGAUCUCCUGACCUUGAGAUCCACCCUUCUCGGCCUACCAAAGUGCUGGGAUUACAGGCGUGAGCCACCGCACCCGGCCCGUUUCUCAUUCUGUUAAUGACUCCUUUUUCCUAGGAUAAAAUUUGGAUAAAAAAGGAGUCAAGACUGAGGCUCAGGUUUUACCUCUGAAAACUCUUGGCUCAAAGACCCUUAAUAAUCUGACUCCUGCUUAUUUUUCCAAAAUAAUUUCUUGCAGUUCUCCCUUGGUACUUGGCUUAAACUCUCAACACCCUCUCUGCCCAUUAGUACUUUGACUUGUGUAACUUCCACUUCCUCACAUCUGCCAAAUACUAGUUUAGAGUUAAUUACCUCUUACAAAUCCCUGAUCCUCUGUGAUGACCUUCGUAUGUGCUUUCAUUGCAUUAUGUACUUACCAUCAAUUUGUGUGUUUAUAUUGGACUGCAACCUCGGACACAGGACUGUGUCUUGUUCGUUUCAUUUCUAAAACUUAGCACGUUGCACGACACUUAAAAAGAGGCGCUUAGUAAUUGCUGGGUUAAAUUGAGUUGCUAGUAAUGGGUUUAUUAUUAUUAUUAUUAUUAUUAUUAUUAUUAUUUGAAAUGGAGUCUUGCUCUCUCACCCAGGCUGGAGUGCAGUGGCGCAAUCUCGGCUCACCACAACCUCCACCUCCCAGGUUAAAGCGAUUCUCCUGCCUCAGUCUCUUCAGUAGCUGGGAUUACAGGCGCACACCACCACAUCUGGCUAAUUUUUGUAUUGUUUGUUUGUUUUUGAGAUGGAGUCUCGCCCUGUUGCCCAGGCUAGAGUGCAGUGGCGCAAUCUCGGCUCACUGCAACCUCCACGUCCUGGGUUCAAGCGAUUCUCCUGCCCCAGACUCUGGAGUAGCUGGGAUUAUAGGCGCACCCCACCAUGCUGGGCUAAUUUUUGUAAUUUUUUAGUAGAGACGGGGUUUCACCAUAUUGGUCAGGCUGGUCUCGAACUCCUGACCUCAUGAUCUGCCCACCUCGGCCUCCCAAAGUGCUGGGAUUACAGGCAUGAGCCACCAUGCCUGGCAGGGUUAAUUUAUUUCAUCAAAACAGACUAGGGGUUUAGAGAGAUGUGCUUUUAUUUGAAUAUUGUGCAAUUUAAACCUGACUCAGUCAUGCUGUCCUUUUGAGCAGGAUCUUUAGAACAGAUACUUGUGAUUGGCUAAAGAAUAACCUCUGACAAUAGCAAAGGUCUCUUGGACAGAGCUGUUACAACAAAACAAUGAAAUCUGUAUUUGUUUAAGAUUAGAAGGAUUUUUGAAAAGUAACUUUUCCUGCGGCAUGUCUGCUAGAAUAAAAGGUUCUCGUUUUAUUAAUGGUGAAAGAAUAGCUUUAGUUUGGAAUAGAGGUAGGCUAGACCAGUGAUUGCAAACUGAAACACCUACGAGAACCAGAUAGGUUAUAGAAAUGAGUGAAACAAGCCAACUGGGGAGUGGGGAACUCGUGACCCUUACAAAUGAGGCUCAUGCUCGGUGCAUUGCCUGGCCACAGUGGCCAGCUUUCAGUUUUUUUCUAGAGAAGUUAGAUCUCAUAGUUAUUUAAAGAGAAUUUAAACGCUAUGUGCUAAUCACACCUGCAGGACAGUUUUUCUUGUAGAUCACCAGUGUGGGAUUUUUUUUGAUGAAAGCUGAUGUUUGCAGAAAUUUAUAUCAACAGGAGGAAAGCAAGAUAAUCCCAGAGAGGAAGGUUUGAUGAUGGACAAGAGGUAGAUGAUGGAGUAUGAUGUUGGGGAACAAGCCACUGAAUAGACUGGUGCAGUUGAACCAGUAAUUGGCUAUUGUGAUCGAGCUGCAGGUUGUCGGUGUAAAUAAAUAAAUAAAUUAGUGUUUGGCAUCAAUAUUUCAGUUCCUAGAUGGGCUUUUGGGAAAUGCAGUAUCCCAAGGGACUGAGAUCACAAAAGUAAAAUUUCAGAACAAUCAAUGAACAUUUUUGGGUGGGGAGGGACCUAUCUUGAAUAUAGUCAUAAUAGGUGACUAAGUUUAUUAUUGUGGGGUUUGAAAGAGGUUAUUUUACCUCUGAUUCAUAGUGCUUGGCAUCUAGUAGGCAGUAAGUGUUUGUUACAUUGAGUAAGUAUAUCUCUGUGAUGCCAUCCUCAAAUCAAAGAAAGCUAUGUCUGAUAGCUGUCAGGGUGUUGGCAAAGCAUACUUCAGUCCUCAGUUUCUCAGUAAAUAGUGGUGAGACAAAAAGGUAAAAUAUUUAACUCCAGUAGUUCAUAAUUACCAAGAGUAUAUAAUCUUUUACCUGCUUUCUGGAAAUUUGUACAAAGUCCAUACUGUUCCUUUUCUUAAAAGUACAUUUUCUUUGUUUAAAGUGUUGCAUGUUACUUUUAAAAAUCUAAGGCCAGGCGUGGUGGCUCGUUCCUGUAAUCCCAGCACUUUGGGAGGCCGAGGCAGGUGGAUGACUUGAGGUCAGGAGUCCAAGACCAGCCUGACCAACAUGGUGAAACCCCGUCUUUACUAAAAAAAUACAAAAAUUAGCCGGGCAUGGUGGUGCGUACCUGUGGUCCCAGCUACUGCAGAGGCUGAAGUGGGAGAAUCUCUUUGAGCCCAGAUCACUGCACUGCACUCUAGCCUGGGUGACAGAGUGAGACUCUUGUCUCAAAAUAAAUAUAAAUAAAAAUCUAAUGUGGAUUAAACGAAAGAAAUUGUUUUCUGCUCUACUCCCGGCUACAGUCCCCAGGAGGAACUAAUUUGUCCCUUGUUAUCUGAAGACUGGUUCCAGGACUUCCCUUUGAUACUAAAAUCUGCAGAUUCUCAAGUCCCUGAUAUGAAAAUGACAUAGUAUGUGGAUAUUACCUAUGCACAUCCUCCCAUAUACUUUAAAUCAUCUCUAAAUUACCUACAAUUUUUUUUUUUUUUUUUUUUUUUAAUGAGACAGGCCCAUCAUUUUUUUAAUGAGACACCCAUCAUCCAGGCCCAGGCCGGAGUACAAUGGCCUAUUCACAGCUCACUGUGGCCUUGACUUCCCAGCUCAGAUGAUCCACGUCAGCUGCCUGAGAAGCUGAAAUUACAGGCACACACCAUCAUGCCUGGCUAAUUUUUUGUAUUUUUAGUAAAAAUGAGAUUUCGCCAUGGUGCCAAGGCUGGUCUCGAACUCCUGGGCUUAAGUGAUCUGCCGGCCUCAGCCUCCCAAAGUACUGGGAUUAUAGGCGUCAGCCACCGCAUCCAGCCCUGUAAUACUUUUUUUUUUUUCCCCCAGACGGUGUCUUGCUCUGUCUCCAGGCUGGAGUGCAGUCACGCGAUCUCGGCUCACUGCAACCUCCAUCUCCCAGGUUCAAGCGGUUCUCCUGCCUUAGUCUCCCACGUAGCUGGGAACACAGGCACGUGCCACCAUGCUUGGCUAAUUUUUGUAUUUUUAGUUGAGAUGGGGUUUCACCAUGUUGGCCAGGAUGGUCUUGAUCUCUUGACUUCGUGAUCCGCGUGCCUCGGCCUCUCAAAGUGCUGGGAUUACACGCAUGAACCACUGCACCCGGCCUAAUACAAUGUAAUUUAUAAGAUAGACUGAUACCAACAGCUAAUAAAUAAUAGAACAGUUAUAACAACAUACUGUAAUAAAAGUUAUGUGAAUGUGGUCUCUCUCUCUCUCUGAAAAUAUGAUAACUGUACUCAUCUGUUUUCAGACUGCAGCUGACCAUGGGUAACUGAAACCAUGGAAAGCCAAAUCUCAGAUAAGGGAGAACUACUGUACAGACACUUUUUUAUUGACCUCAUCUAGGCAGCCUCAGUUUUGUUUUGUUUUGUUUGCUUUUUGAGAUGGAGUCUCCCUCUGUCCCCCAGGAUGGAGUGCAGUGGCAUGAUCUUGGCUCACUGUAACCUCCACCUCCCGGGUUCAAACGAUUCUCCUGCCUCGGCCUCCUGAGCAUCUGGGAUUACAGGAAGUUUAUUUCUAUCUUUAUCCAGAUUGCUGGUUUUGCAAUGCCUCUUUGCACAAGACUUUCUCUGGCUCACUUUGUUAUGUUCCCUCUAGAAUGAGGCUCUGGUAAGAAACAUCCCUGUUUGCUACCCUAGUAGUGGAAAAACCCUAGUCCUGGAAACCCAAGACACCUGAAUUGGUUCUUCCCAGCUCCCCCUCAAGAGAGGGAGACACUUUUAGCUUGUAUUUUGGUUUACGGGUUAAAAGUUUUACAUUAGGAUCAGAAUGAUUGCAUCUGGUUUGAAGACUGAAAUUUCUUUAAGACAGGGUCUUGCUCUGUCACCCAGGCUGGAGUGCAGUGGUGUGAUCACAGCUCACCACAGCCUUGACCUGGACUCAAGCAAUCCUCUCUCAGCCUCCCAGAGUGCUGGGAUUACAGGUGUGAGCCAUGUACCUGGGCCUAAGAGUUGAAUUUUUAAAACCUACUUCAAAUUACUGUCUUUGUAAAACUGUACGAAAUUAGAACCAGAAGUUGCCUUAAAGAUCUAGUCUAAUCAGUCUAAUCUCAUUUUGUAGGGAGAAGAUUUGCUUGUAAUACCUGUAGGAUAUGGCAAAGUAGAACAUGUAACCCUGGCCACGUUGGCUCAUGUAUGUGAUCCCAGCACUUUGGGAGGCCGAGGCAGGCGGAUUGCUUGAGCCCAGGAGUUUGAGACCAGCCUGGCCAACAUGGCAAAACCCCAUCUCUAAAAAAAAAAAAAAAAAAAUUAAAAAUUAGCAAGGCAUGGUGGUGCGCAACUGUAGUCCCAGGUACUUGAGAGGCUGAGGUGGGAGGAUCAUCUUAACCCCGGGGAGAUGGAGGCUAAAAUGAGCUGUGUUCACACCACUGUACCCCAGCCUGGGCAACAGAAUAAGACACUGUUUCAAACAAAAAUGUGUAACUCAAAAACAGCAAAAUGCUUAGUUCUUUGUAAAUGCAACAUUUUAGGCUACUGUUUAUUUACCAAUAGAACUUUUUUUUUUCUCUCUCCUUAUUUGUAAAGUUAGCUAUAUAUGUUUCUUACUCUUUGGUCUUGUUUACUUCAAAAUCUUUUUAGAAGUUGAGGAGAUUGGGAGGCCCAGGCAGGUGGAUGGCUUGAGCUCAGGAGUUUGAAACCAGCCUGGGCAACAUGGCGAAACUCCAUCUCUACAAAAAAAAUACAAAAAUUAGCUGGGCAUGAUGGCAUGCAUCUGUAGUUCCAGCUUCUUGGGAGGCUGGGAUGAGAGGAUCACUUAAGCCUGGGAGGUCGAGGCUGUAGUGAGCUGAGAUCACACCACUGAACUUCAGCCUGGGCAACAGAGUGAGACAGCCAAAAUGGGGGGGGGGGUGGGGAACAGGUGGAGGACAGAGGCAUCCUAAGGUGAUGGGACAUUUUUCUUUUAAUUUUAAUUUUUAUUAUUUUUUUGAGAUGGAGUCUCAUUCUGUCGCCCAGGCUGGAGUGCAGAGGUGCGAUCUCGACUCACUGCAACCUCCGCCUCCCGGGUUCAAGCAAUUCUCUGCCUCAGCCUCUCGAGUAGCUGGGAUUACAGGCGCCCACCACCAAGCCCGGCUACUUUUUUGUAUUUUUAGUAGAGACGGGGUUUCACCAUCUUGGCCAGGCUGGUCUUGAACUCCUGACAUUGUGAUCCACCCGCCUCAGCCUCCCGAAGUGCUGGGAUUACAGGCAUGAGCCACCGUGACUGGCUUAAUUUUUAUUUUUUUUUACUCAUGUACAUGAAUCAAUUUUUUUUUAUUUUUACUGAAGUGACAUUUUUCAUCUUUAUACUGUGGAUUUGUAAUUCAGAUUUCUAAAAUAUUUUAAUCAUCAAAGACAAUUGUUUCUUUUUUUUAAUUUUUUUUUUGAGACGAAGUCUCACUCUGUUGCCCAAGUUGGAGUGCAGUGGCAUGAUCUUGGCUCAUUGCAACCUCCACCUCCCCGGUUCAAGUGAUUCUCCUGCCUCAGCCUCCUGAGUAACUGGAACUACAGGCGUGUGCCACCAUGCCCAGCAAAUGUUUGUAUUUUUAGUAGAGACGGGGUUUCACUAUGUUGGCCAGGCUGGUCUUGAACUCCUGGCCUCGUGAUCCAUCUGCCUCAGCCUCCCACAGUGCUGGGAUUACAGGCAUGAGCCACUGUGCCCGGCCAAAGACAAUUAUUAUUAAUUUAUGUAUUUAUGUAUUUAUUUAUUUAUUUUGAGACAGAGUCUUGCUCUGUUGCCCAGGCUGGAGUGCAGUGGCGCGAUUUCGGCUCACUGCAAGCUCUGCCUCCCGGGUUCACACCAUUGUCCUGCCUCAGCCUACCAAAUAGCUGGGACUACAGGCACCUGUCACCACGCCCGGCUAAUUUUUUGUAUUUUUAGUAGAGACGGGGUUUCAUCGUGUUAGCCAGGAUGGUCUCGAUCUCCUGACCUCGUGAUCUGCCUGCCUCAGCCUUCCAAAGUGCUGGGAUUACAGGCGUGAGCCACCAUGCCCGGUCCAAAGACAACUAUUAAUCCCAUUUCAUCUUAGAACUUUUUCUUAAAUUUUCAUGCAUUAGGGUUUUCUCAAGAAUGUACUGUCCUCCUGAAAACUCUUAUUUGCCUAUAUAUUAUACUGUACAUCUUCAACUCAUUUACUAAUAAGUUGUUAGGUUUAACCCAAUGUCUUCCUUGUAAUUUCCUUCUCUCCAGCACAACUAGUGUACUUUUUAUGUUUUCUUGAUGUUAAUGAAGAUUGGUAAAGGGUACCAGGUACAAUUUUAAAAAUUUAAGUGCACCCAGCUGAUAUAUUUGCCUUAAUUUUAUUGCUGACAGACUACAUCUAAAUAUGUGAAAGAAAAAAAGUGAUACUCAUAACUUCAAAAGUUUGAAAUGUAUUGAAGAUUGUGUUCAUUCAAGUUUAAUUGUUCCAGUUUACUCACUGGAACACCUGUAAUCCCAGCACUUUGGGAGGCCGAGGUGGGUGGAUCACCUUAGGUCAGGAGUUCAAGACCAGCUUGGCCAACAACAUGGCGAAACCCCACCUCUACUAAAAAAAAAAAAAAAAAAAAAAAUUAGCUGGGCGUGUUCGUGCACACCUGUAAUCCCAGCUACUCGGGAGGCUGAGGCACAAGAAUCGCUUGAACCCGGGAGGCGAAGGUUGCCGUGAGCCAAGAUCACGCCGCUACACUCCAGCCUGGGUGAACAGAGUGAGACUGUCUUUUUUUGUUUUGUUUUGUUAUGGAGUCUCAGUCUGUCGCCAGGCUGGAGUGCAGUGGUACAAUCUUGGUUCAUUGCAACCUCCGACUCCCUGGUUCAAGCGAUUCUCCUGCCUCAGCCUCCCAAGUAGCUGGGAUUACGGGCAUGCGCCACCACUCCCAGCUAAUUUUUUUUAUAUAUAUUAUUAAUAGAGAUGGAGUUUCACCAUUUUGGCCAGGAUGGUCUCGAUCUCCUGACCCCGUGAUCUGCCCUGUCAGCCUCUCAAAGUGCUGGGAUUACAGGCAUGAGCCACCUCACCUGGCAUGAGACUCUGUCUUAAAAAAAAAAAAGAAAAAAAAAUUGCUCUGGGCGAGGUGGCUCACGCCUGUAAUCCCAGCACUUUGGGAGGCUGAGGCCGAAGGAUUACCUGAGGUCAGGAGUUCAAGACCAGCCUGGUCAACAUGGUGAAACCUCAUGUUGUCUCUACUAAAAAUACAAAAAUUAGCUGUGUGUGGGGGCAGUCGCCUGUAAUCCCCGGUACUCUGGAGGCUGAGCCAGGAGAAUCACUUGAACCCGGAGGCAGAGGUUGCAGUGAUCCAAGAUCGUACCACUGCACUCCAGCAUGGGGGACAGAGCGAUAAUCUGUCUGGAAAAAAAAAUGGAAUAAUACAAAAUUAUACUAAGAUUCAUUCAUGUUAUUUUUUGUGGCUGCAGUGCAUUCAUUUCCCCAAUAUAUAGUAUUUCAUUGUCUGAUGUACCAGAAUUUAUCCACUCUCUUUUUGAUGCAUGUUUGGAUUUGCAGUCUUUUGCUUUAUGAAAAAUGCUGCUGUAAAAAUUAUUAUUAUCUGUGUCUCCUGAUGCAUAUGUGAAAGGGUUUUUCUAGGAGUGAAAUUGCUGGAUGAUAUGUAAAUAACAAAAAUAAGAAAAAUGUCAGAUUCUUUUCCAAAGUAGUUAAUCAAGUUAUACUCCACCAGCAGUGUAUAAAGAGUUCUCCUUGAUCCAUAUCUUCUCCAACAUUUAGGUUUCUCACAUUUUUACAUUUUUUUGCCAGUGAAAUGUACACAAAAUGUAUCUUAUGGUUUAAUCUUUGUUUUUUUUAACUCAGUCUUUCUGCUUUUAUUCUUUAUUCUCUAUUGAAAAUAAUUUGGUUUAGAUUUAGGCUUAGAUUGAUAAAAUUCAAAAAAAAAGAAUUUGGGCUGGGUGUGUUGGCUCACUCCUGUCAUCUCAGCACUGGGAGACUCAGAUGGGUGCAUCACUUGAGCUCAGGAGUUCAAGACCAGCCUGGGCAACAUGGUGAAAACCCAUCUUUAUUUAAAAAUACAAAAAAAUUAGCUUAGCAUGGUGGUUCAUGCCCAUGGUCCCAGCUAUGGGGGAGGCUGAGGUGGGUGGAUGGCUUCAGCCCAGAAGGUCAAGGUUGCAGUGAGCCAAGAUUGUACCACUGCACUCCAGCCUGGGCAAAACAGCCAGACCCUGUCUCAAAAAAAAAAAAAAAGUUAUUUUUUGUUGUUGUUCUCAUUACAAAAUUAGCACAAAUAUAUUCAUUUUCAACCAAUAUUAUGGGCUAUAAUAUGUUUCAGGGUCCUAGGGAAAUACAUUAGGUAAACAAAACAAACGAGCCCUUCCCCUCAUAGAGCUUCCAUUCUAGUUUUGGAGAUUAACAUUAAACAAAGAAAAUAACUUUUAAUUUCAGAUACUGAUAAAGUGCCAUGAAGACAAAAAAACAGAGUAAAAUAAUAGUGGUUGGUGGAGUUGGGACUCCUUUAGGUUAGAUGAUCAAGGAAGGACUUUCUGAGGAAUUGAAUGAUGUGUGAGCUGUAUCUAAGUGAUCAAAAGGAGCCAGCCAUGUGGAGAAGGCACAGGACGAGUGUCUUAGGCAGUAGGAGCAGGAAUUCUAAAGAUCAAGAGAUGGGGAACAAACUGGUCAAAAUUAAAGAAUAAGAAGAAAGCAAGGCAGGCACACUGGAGCAUGCCUGUAAUCCCAGUUACUUGGGAGGCAGAGGUGGGAGGAUCACUUAAGCCCAGGAGUCAAGACCAGUCUGGGCAACAUAGCAAGAUCCCAUCUCAGAGGAAAAAAAUGUAUAAAAGAAAGCAGGCCAGGCGCGUUGGCUCACGCCUCUAAUUCCAGCAGCUUGGGAGGCCGGGGCAGGCAGGUCACCUGAGGUCAGGAGUUGGAGACCAGCCUGACCAACAUGGAGAAACCCCGUCUCUAAUACAAAGUUAGCCAGGCGUGUUGUUGCAUGCCUGUAAUCCCAGCUACUCGGGAAGCUGAGGCAGGAGAAUCGCUUGAACCCAGGAGGCAGAGGUUGCAGUGAGCCGAGAUCACGCCAUUGCACUCCAGCCUGGGAAACAAGAGCGAAAACUCCGUCUCAAAAAAAAAAAAAAAAAAUUAGAACUCAAUCCAACCAUCCAGAGAUAAGCACGUUAACAUUUUUUUUUGUUUAUUUGUUUUUUGACAUGGAGUUUUGCUCUUGUUGCCCAGGCUGGAGUGCAAUGGUGCAAUCUCGGCUCACCACAACCUCCGCCUCCCGGGUUCAAGCGAUUCCUCUGCCUCAGCCUCCCAAGUAGCUGGGACUACAGGUGCGCACCACCAUGCCUGGCGAAUGUUUUGUAUUUUUAGUAGAGUCGGGGUUUCACUGUGUUGGGCAGGAUGGUCUCAAUCUCUUGACUUCAUGAUCCGCCCACCUUGACCUCCCAAAGUGCUGGGAUUACAGGUGUGAGCCACUGUGCCCGGCCACCAUGUAAACAUUUUGAUGCAAGUUCUUCUUUUUUUUUUUUUUUUUUUUUCUGAAAUGGGAUUCUUGCUCUGUUGCCCAGGCUAGAGUUGCAAUGGUGUGAUCUGAGCUCACUGCAACCUCCACCUCUCAGGUUCAAGCAAUCCUCCUGAGUAGCUGGGAUUACAGGCGGGCAGCCACGCUCAGCUAAUUUUUGUAUUCUUAAUAGAGACGGGGUUUCACCAUGUUGGCCAGGCUAGUUUCCAACUCCUUACCUCAUGAUUAGUCCACCUCAGCCUCCCAAAGUGCUGGGAUUACAGGCGCGAGCCACCAUACCCAGCCACUGACACAAGUUCUUGCACACAUUUCUCUAUGCAUCUUUGGUAUUUCCCCCUAUUUUCUGGUGAGUUAAAUGGUAGGGUGUCUUUUUAUUUUAUUCAUGGUUACUUUUUUGUAGUAAUAUUAAAUAAUAUUAUGUGAAUGUUGUAUGAAAGUUUAUUGUGGCUUUAUUCAUGAAUUGUAACAUUUACCUUCUGCUUUGUAGCCACAAUUACUAUUAUUAUGCUUAUUUUUCUUUACAAGUCUAAAUAUUAACUGUUAGUCCUUUCACCUCACAAAUUCCAAAUCAAAAGUAUUUUUUUCUUAUUAAAUAAAAAAGUUGGUUGCCUGGAUAUCUUCAGGUAUAUUUUUCUUACGUUUAUGUAAAAUACAUAUAACAAAAUUUACCGUCUUAAUCAUUUUUUUAAAAUUUAUUUAUUUAUUUAUUUAUUUUUUCGAGACGGGGUCUUGCUCUGUCGCCAAGGCUGGAGUGCAGUGGCACAAUCUUGACUCACCACAACCUCCGCCUCCUGGGUUCAAGCGAUUCUCCUGCCUCAGCCUCCUGAGUAGCUGAGAUUACAAGCGCCCACCAUCACAUCACGCCCAGCUAAUUUUUAUAUUUUUAGUAGAGACAGGGUUUCGCCAGGCUGGUCUCGAACUGCUGACCUCAGGUGAUCUGCCCAUUGCAGUGAAUCCACAGAAAAUUUUAGGAUGCUGGCAAGCAAGUGAUUGAAAUUUUGUGAAGUCUUUUAUCUUUCUUUUAUUUUUUGUAUGUGGCAAGAGCUGUGAAAUUCAUUUCCUCUAUCAGAAUUUGGCUCUUCCUUGCUUCCACGACUCUGCUAUUUAUUUGCCCCUGUUAUAAUACAUAUAUAGUAAAGGGAGUAAAACAAAUUUAAAAUAAAAAACGUAUUAAAUUAUAAAAUAUAUUCCUAUUUUUAUAAAAUGUAGAAAGGAUAUAUGACUUCUGAUUGAGAUGUUAAAGUGAGCUCAACUUCAACACAAUUCCUCUGCCUCAAACACAUAGCAAUAAAUAAAUAAAUGUUUAAAAAGGAAAAACAUAUGACUAAAAAUAGAAGAGAGGCCAGGCACGUUGGCUCACACCUGUAAUCCUAGCACUUUGGGAGGCUGAGGCAGGUGGAUCACCUGAGGUCAAGGGUUUGAGACCAGCCUGGCCAACAUGGCAAAACCCCGUCUCUACUAAAAAUUAGCUGGGCGUGGUGGCACAUACCUGUAAUCCCAGCUACUUGGGAGGCUGAGGCAAGAGAAUCGCUUGAACCCAUGAGGCGGAGGUUGCAGUGAGCCGAGAUUGUGCCACUGCACCAGAGCCUGGGCGACAGAGUGAGACUCAAUCUCAAAAAAAAAAAAAAAAAAAGAGAGAGAAAGCUCUAGUGGCAAGUGAGGCUCACAGUGAGACUCCGGCUCUGAGUGGAGAAUCAGUGUUUGCUGGGACUUUGACCUCUUUCUGUAAAACAGAUCCUUAGGAGAACUGCAUGGCAGAGAUGCCUGGAGCUGGGAGUAUCCCUCAAAGCCGGGGCCUGGGAUGGACAUUAGCUUGUGAAAGCAGGCUGAUAAAAGGGUUGACUGUCUGUCUGGGACUGUUGCUUUGUAAGAAAGUGGGCCUAGUGAGGGCAAGGGAGAAAAACAUGACUUUUUGACCAAAAACAGCAAAGUAGCCUGUCUGCUCAAGUGACUGAAUCUGUAAUACUAGUGUAUCAGCACAGAAGAUUUGAAACACUAUGAAGUCCUAGAUCUUGAUUGAAGGCUCUGGAGGAACAGGUGGAGCCAACUGCACAUCUUCUAGAUAAAGUAGAGUAAGAGAAAGAAAAGGGAGAUAUUUAAAAAGUAAGAAGGCGGCCGGGUAUGGUGGCUCACGCCUGUAAUCCCAGCACUUUGGGAGGCUCGAGGUGGGCGGAUCACAAGGUCAGGAGAUCAAGACCAUCCUGGCUAACACAGUGAAACUCCAUCUCUUACUAAAAAUGCAAAAAUUUAGCCGGGCGUGGUGGCGCCUGUAGUCCCAGCUACUUGGGAGGCUGAGGCAGGAGAAUGGCAUGAACCCAGGAGGCAAAGCUUGCAGUGAGCCGAGAUCAUGCCACUGCACUCCAACCUGGGUGACAGAGCGAGACUCCAUCUCAAAAAAAAAAAAAAGUAAGACAAAACCUUAACUUUUCAUUCAAAGACACUAAAAAACUUAAGAAAGGAAUGACAGAUCACAUUUGAGAAGAUAAUCACUGAACAUUUUCUAGAUUUCAGACCGGGACGGUGGCUCACACCUGUAAUCCCAGCACUUUGGAAGGUCGAGGCGGGUGGAUUGCUUGUGCCCAGGAGUUCGAGACCAGCCUGGGCAACAUGACGAAACCCUAUCUCUACAAAAAAUUAGCAGGAUAUUGUGGUGCUUGCCUGUAGUCCUGGCUAUCCAGAAGGCUGAGGUGGGAGGAUCACAUAAGCCUGGUGGUUGAAGCUGCAGUGAGCCAAGAUUGCACCACUGCACUCCAGCCUGUGUGACGCAGUGAGACCCUGUCUCAAAAAAAAAAAAAAAAAAUUAUUCAAGGUUAUGCCUCUACAAGAAGAAAAAUUAAUCCAGAAGGAAAGUGUGGGCAUCAAGAAGCAAAAGGUAGUUUCUAUAGUGGGAGGAGUGGUUGACUUAAUGUGACCAUAGGAAUUAAUUUAACAGGUCAGUAAGUUUAAAUUAUUUAUUGACUCUAAACCCUUUUUUAUGAUGGAAGGCCAAAAUAAUUUUUUUUUUUUUUUUGAGACAGGGUCUCACUCUGCAAUGGCAUGAUCAUGGCUCACUGCAGCCUCAACCUCUGGGGCUUGAGUGAUCCUCCUGCCUCAGCCUCCUGAGUAACUGGUACUACAGGCAUGCUCCACCACACCCGGCUAAUUUUGUUUUAUUUUUUCUUUUUGGUAGAAAUGGGGUUUUGCCAUGUUGCCCAGGCUGGUCUCGAACUCCUGGCCUCAAGCAGUCCUCCUGCUUUGGCCUCUCAAAGUGCUGGGUUUAGAGGUGUGAGCCACUAUGCCUGGCCUGAAAUGAUUUUUUUUUUUUUUUUUUUUUUUUUGGAGACAGGGUCUCACUCUCACCCAAGCUGGCAUGCAGUGGCACGAUAUUGGCUCACUGCAACCUCUGCCUCCUGGGUUCAAGUGAUUAUCCUACCUCAGCCUCUCAAGUAGCUGGAAUUACAGGCAUGCACAACCACAUCUGGCUAAUUUUUGUAUUUUUAGUAGAGACGGGGUCUCACCAUGUUGGCCAAAGCUGGUCUUGAACUCCUGACCUCAAAUGAUCCAUCUGACUUGGCCUACUAAAGUGCUGGGAUUACAGGUGUGAACCACUGUGCCCGGCCCCAAAAUAAAAAUUUAUUUAUUUUUGUUUUUGUUUUUCCCAAAAUAAAAAUUUAAAUCAAGAUAAAAAUGUAACGAGUGGCGUUAUUUGUACAUUUUUGCAGAUCUCUUUAAUGUUUGUCUUAAUAGAAGUCAGCUAGAUUCUCAUAUAUGCUUCUGUGUUCAGUAUGUCGCAGUGGUUUCUGGGUUGAAGUACCUGAAGAAAAUCCAACCUCACACAGACAAGUAGUUGGGAAAGGGAUUAUUUUAAUCGCUUUUUCACUUGAAAGCUUAAAUGUUUUCUGUUACAACAAAUACUGAGUUGUUUUUCUUGAAGUGACAGGGUUACUUCAUUUUUGAGGAAAUGUCUGCCACAUACCCACAUCUGUAGAUCCAUGGUUGUCUAUCAGUUCUUGCAAAUAAAAAUGGUGCUCCCUAAGAAAAGUAGCUAGUUCAGCCCAACUCAAAGAAUUGCACAAAUGUCUUUCCAUGAGACAACUCUUGUACUUCUGUGUGUGGAAGUGUUUUAUGCCUGCUUCCCAUGUUAUCACUCACAGUUUUUAAAAGAUGUGUAUUCAUGGGUCAAGGAUUUAUAAAAUUAACAAUUUUUAUUCUGUCAUCUGGGGCAAUCUUAAGGGAAACUGGCUUUUUCUGUGAGUGCAUGAUGAAGAAUACAGUGACUGCUGGGACAGUUUGAUAACACUGCCUAGAUUCAUACCAAGACACCAGCUCUUUUACCCAUCAUCAGUUUUGUACCAUUAAUGCAAAUGUCAAUCAAUAGAGAACAAUUUGUAGUAGUAGUAUAAAAAUAGCUUUAACCUUUCAGACCCUUGAAAGGGCCUUGGGGAACAUACUCUGAGAAGUGCUGCCCUAAAUAGUAAUAGUGAGAGAGGAUCUGUCCAAUGGUGUGCUAAGAAUCUCUUCACAUUUCCCAGGAAGAGAGACAUAGCUGCAGACAUUUAGAGUAGACAUAAAGUUAAGUGUGUUGCUUUAAAAUCAAGAGUAAUUACUAAAAAAAACCCAGACACAUCUAUAGUUUUCAAAUUAGCACAGCUAAAAAAGGGAAUAUAGAAAUCAAUUCAAUAGAAGGAAGGGACUCAGAAAAAGGGAUAACAUCUUGUGUGUGAUGGCUCAUGCCUAUAAUCCCAGCUGAGGUGGGAGGACCUGGGCAACACAUAGUGAGACCCUGUCUCUACAAAAAAUAUAAAAAAUUAACCAGAUGUGCUGGUGUACACCUAAAGUCCCAGCUGCUUGGGAGGCUGAGAUGGGAAGUUUGCUUGAGCCCAGGAGAUUGAAGCUGCAGUGAGCUGUGAUUGUGCCAGUACAUUCCAGCCUGGAUGACAGAGACCUUGUCUCUUUUUAAUAAAACAAUGGGCAAAAGAAGUUCAAGAAAGGAAAUUAGAAACCAAUCUCAUGAGUAUAAAAAAAAAAAAGAGAAGUAAAAUUCUUACAAAUUUGGCAGUGUACUAAAAUAAUGUAUGAGGCUGGGUGCAGUGACUCACACCUGUAAUCCCAGCACUUUGGGAGGCCAAGGCAGGUGGAUCAUCUGAGGUCUGGAGUUCGAUAUCAGCCUGGCCAACAUGAGAAAACCCCGUCUCUACUAAAAAUACAAAAAAUUGGCUGGGCAUAAUCCCAGCUAUUCGGGAGGCUGAAGCAGGACAAUCGCUUGAACCCAGGAGGUGGAGGUUGCAGUGAGCCGAGAUCGUGCCAUUGCACUUCAGCCUGGGCAAGAAGAGUGAAACUCUGUCCCAAAAUACAUAAAUAAUAAUAUACAAUAGACAAGGAGGAUUUAUUCUGGAAUGCAAUAAUUUCUUUUUUUUUUUUUUUUAGGGACAGAGUCUUGCUCUAUUGCCCAGGCUGGAAUGCAGUGGCAAGGCCUUUGCUUACUGCAGUCUCAACCUCCUGGGCUCAAGCUAUCCUCCCACUACCUCAGCCUCUCCAGGAGCUGGGACUACAGGCACAUACCACCCACUAACAAUUAUCACCUGGCUAAUUAUUGAAUUUUUGUAUAAUUUUUUGUAGAGACAAGGUCUCACUUUGUUAACCAGGCUGGUCUUGAAUUCCUGGACUAAAGUGAUCCUCUUGCCUUGGCUUCUCAAAGUGUUGGGAUUAUAGGCAUGAACCACUGCACCCAGUCCAAGAAUUUAAUUCUUUGAAAAUAUUUACACUUUUUUGCUCAAAAUUCUCCUAUGGCAAAAAUACAGAGUUCUGCCCUGAGGGCCUUUGCACCUCUGGUUCCUUCAGCCUAGCAUGGACUUUCUUUUUUUUUCAGAGACAGACUCUCAUUCUGUCACCCAGGCUGGAGUGCAGUGGUGUAAUCACAGCUCAUUGCAGUCUUGAACUCCUAAAGUGAUCCUCCUUCCUCACCCUCCCAAAUUGCUGGGAUUACACACAUGAACCACCAUUCCUGACCUUGUACUUUGUUUUUUUUUUUUUUUCUGGAGUCUCGCUCUGUCACCCAGGCUGGAGUGCAGUGGUGCGAUCUCAGCUCGCUGCAACCUCCACCUCCUGGGUUCAAACAGUUCUCCUGCCUUAGCCUCCCAAAUAGCUGGGACUACAGGCGUGCACCACCACGUCUGGUUAAUUUUUGUAUUUUUAGUAGAGACAGGGUUUCACUAUUUGGCCGGACUGGUCUCGAACUCCUGACCUCAGGUGAUUCACCCACCUCAGCCUCCCAAAGUGCUGGGAUUACAGGCGUGAGCCACCACGCCCAACCCUUAUACAUCUUUUAUUGCAAACUUAGUUAUAAACAAAGUAGAAGUAUUUAUUUUUAUUUUAUUUUGAGAUAGAGUUUCACUCUUGUUGCUCAGGCUGGAGUGCAAUGGCGUGAUCUUGGCUCACUGCAACCUCUGUCUCAUGGGUUCAAGUGAUUCUCCUGCCUCAGCCUCCUGAGCAGCUGGGAUUACAGGUGCCCACCACAACACCCAGCUAAUUUUUUGUAUUUUUAGUAGAGAUGGGGUUUCACCAUGUUGACUAGGCUGGUCUUGAACUCCUGACCUCAGGUAAUCCACUGGCCUCGGCCUCCCAAAGUGCUGGAAUUAUAGGCGUGAGCCACCGCGCCAGGCCUAUUUAUUUAUUUAUUUAUUUUGAGACGAUGUCUCAAUCUUUUGCCCAGGCUGGAGUGCAGUGGCAUGAUCUCGGCUCACUACAACCUCUGCCUCCCAGGUUCAAGCAAUUCGCCUGCCUCAGCCUCCUGAGUAGCUGGGACUACAGGCGUGCACCCCCGUGCCUGGCUAAUUUUUGUGUUUUUAGUAGAGACUAUGUUGGCCAGGCUGGCCUCGAACUCCUGACCUCAUGAUCCACCCACCUUGGCCUCCCAAAGUGUUGGGAUUACAGGUGUGAGUCACCGCACCCAGCCAAUAUUUAUUUAUUUAUUUACUUACUUACUUAACAUAGAGACAGGAUCUUGCUCUGUCAUCCAGGCUAGAGUGCAGUGUUGCCAUCCCAUCAUAGCUCACUGCAGCCUCAAACUCCUGAACUCAAGUAAUCCUCCUGCCUCAACCUCCCCAGUAGCUGGGACUACAGGCGUGUGCCACCAUGCCUAAGUUUUAAAUUUUUUUGUAGAGACGGGGGUCUCACCUUGUUGCCCAGGCUGGUCUCACACUCCUGGGCUCAAACAAUCCUCCCAUCUCAGCCUCCCAAAGUGCCUGGAUUACAGAUGUGAGCCACCGCGCCUGGCCUACUCAAAGUCCUAUCUGGGAAAAUGCUAUCUGGUGGUAAUGUGUAAUUUUCAAUUUUUUAAAAAAAUUGGUUCUGUAAUAGUCUUUUAGGCCCUUCCCCUUUGUAUAAAGAUGUAUUUAUAAGUAAAUGAAUUAUGAAAUUGGUUCAUUUCCAUCUUUUUAAAAGGUAGUCAAAAAUAAUUGUCAGAUGCAAUGAGAUAUUGGAUGAGCUGCAUAGGUAAGAUAUAAGCAGUGUACAAAGUGGGAUAAAAAUGCCACUUUACAUACUUUUUUUUUUUUUUUUUUUUGAGUCAGAGUUUUAUUCUUAUUGCCCAGGAUGAAGUGCAGUGGCGCGAUCUCGGCUCACUGCAACUUCCACCUUCCAGUUUCAAGCAAUUCUUCUGCCCUAGCCUCUUGAGUAGCUGGAUUACAGGCAUGUGCCACCAUGCCUGGCUAGUUUUUUUUGUAUUUUUAUUUGAGACGGGGUUUCACCAUGUUGGCCAGGCUGGUCUGGAGAUCCUGACUUCAGGUGAUCUGCUGACUUCGACCUCCCAAAAUACUGGAAUUAUAGGCGUGAGCCACCACACCCAGUCCACUUUUCAUACUUUCUAAAACAAUAUUUAGGGAUUUUUGUAUUAGCCACUCUCCUAUCUCAUUUCUCCAAUUGAAGUAAUGCAUAAAUCUUCCAUUCUCUUUUUUCUCUCAUUCUUGGAUAGAAUGAAUGUCUAUAAUGAAAAGAGCUUCUUAUCAAUAGCCCUCAGAUUUGUUCUGAAUUUUGCCAAAUAUUUGUAUAACUCUGCAAAAGACUUUCUUUCUCUGCCUUCUCCUUUAGAGGGAAAAACAAACUGUAGGUGUGACAGCUUACCUCCUAGCAUUGUUGUGAGGUUUGGCUGGCACAAGAUAAAGUGCUGUGUAAUUACUCUGAAAUGUUUGUAAUUAAUAAAGAAAUGAAUUGUAGGCACUUUGUCAGUAGAAACCACUGUGAUUUGGAAACGCAAUGUUUCAAUAAUAAAGACUAUAAAAUAAAAAAAAAUUAAUUCCAAAUUAUAAAUUUAAUGGUAUACCUAAUGACUUUCCUUAGAACUUGAAAAGCUUAACCCAAAAUUUAUAUGAAAAGGCAAGAGCCUGGAAUGGUUAAGACAAUGUUAAAGAAGAAGAAGAAUGUGAGACUUACCCUUAUAGAGACCGCAAUUAACCAAAAAGCCAUAGAUGUUCUCAAGCCUAGUAUAGCGCCUGACACACAGUAGUUAAUGAAUGUUUGCUCAGUAGACUGAUGGGUGGAACAAUGAGUUGCUUGGGGGUCAGGAUUAACUCUGGAAGUGGUAGUUGUGGGAAGGGUUGAACCUGAAGAUUAGGGUGACUCAGAACUGCAAAGACCAGGGAAGUUGAGUUCUGAGAAAGGGCAGGACAGAGAGCUGACUAAUUUGUUUCAUUUGUCUACACAUACCCUUAAGCAAAUUUUAUCUUGUACAGUUUGAGUAUGGGGUUUGUGUUUGCUUAAAAUUCAGCAAGCCUUUAACAGGAAUGUACUCAGUAUUAAGUGUGGUGUCGGAUUGGCUGCAGUGUAGGAAAGCUUUUAUUCCAUGGGAAAGAAGUCCAUGAUUUUUGGAGCUAUCUAUUAUGCAGUUAUGUUGCUAUAGAUUUAGUUAUUUGGAUCUCAUGAUUGAAAUAGUAUUUUAAAUUGGGGACAUCUUUUGUUUGGGAGAGGUUGUUUAGAAAUGACAGGUGAAGAAUAAAAUUAUUAGAGUAAAAUUUGGCCAUAUGUGACAUGGGCAUUAAUGAUCCAAUGAUUUAUAUAUGCCAGUAAUAGAAUUUACAAAGGACAGCCAAUGGUGAGAUGCUGUUCUCUGGUGGCAUUCUGGUAAUAACCAGCUCUCGUAUGGUGCUUGAUAGUUUCCAAAGUACUUUUGCAUACCUUAUGUUAUAUGUGCCUCCAAGGUAUGUAAAGGAGGUUUAUUUCAAUUCAGUGAUCAUUUAUUGAGCAGGUUUUGUGCCAAGUUUUGUACUAGAUCUUGGGAAACCAGCAAUAAGACAAAGAACUUGACUCCAAGUUAACAUAGACAGGUAACACUGGGAUACACACACAACCAGGAGUUUAAGUUUGGAAACAAUAAUUAAGGAGGGAGACACAUAUGAUUAGGAUGUGGUAAUGGUAGGUUGUGAUGGCUUUCCUAGGCUUUGUUAUAUUUUUUGUUUCAAGGAAGAAUUGUGUGUUUUACACCACUUUGAAACUAUCUUUCACAAUUUACAUAGCUGAUAAUAUACUUUUUUUUUUUUUUUUUUUAAAGCAGUCUAGCUCUGUUGCCCAGGCCGCAGUGCAGUGGCACCAUCUCAGCUCACUGCAAUCUCUGCCUGCUGGGCUCAAGCGAUUCUCCUGCCUCAGCCUCCCAAGUAGCUGGGACUAUAGGCACGUGCUACCAUGCCUGGCUAAUUUUUGUAUUUCUAGUAGAGACGAGUUUCACCAUGUUGGCCAGGCUGAUCUCAAACUCCCUACCUCAAGUGAUCUGCUGCUUUGGCCUCCCAAAGUGCUGGGAUUACAGGCAUGAGCCACUGCGCCCGAACAUCUGAUGAUAUACUUUUUUGUUGUUGUUGUUGAGACAAUGUCUUGCUCUGUCGCCCAGGUUGGAGUGGUGUGAUUUCAGCUCACUGCAACCUCCGCUUUCCGGGUUCAAAUGAUUUUCCUGCCUUAGCCUUCUGAGUAGCUGGGACUACAGACACGUACCACCACACCUGGCUAAAUUUUUGUAGUUUUAGUAGAGACGGGGGUCUCACCAUGUUGGCGAGGCUGGUCUCGAACUCCUGACCUCAGGUGGUCCAUCCUCCUCGGCCUCCCAAUGUGCUGGGAUUACAGGCGUGAGCCACCACGCCCUGAUGAUAUACUUUUGAAAAUUAUAUUACAUUUUCUACAGUUACACUGUCUUUCCUCUGAAAAAUCUGGGUGAUCUGUUAGAACAUUUGAUCUAAGCUACACUCCUUGAUAAUGUAUUUGUCGAAGGAAUGAUUAAUUUAUGUGCAUAAUUUAGUCUUUUGCAUACAAAAUGCAAUUUUGUUUAUUAGAAAUAUUUUAGAUAAUGCUUUGUAGGAUUUUUGUGUUAUUUUUAGGUCUGAAAAAGAUGAAGAAGAAUAAAACAUGGCAAGUCUAGAGGGAGGCACUGCUUGAAGUGCAUGAAACAAAUCAAGCAUCAACAAAAAUAGAAGCCCUUGAGAUGAAGAACAGAAAAUCUGUGAUUAUUAUCAUUAUUAGCUUUACAGGGAUGUUGAAGUGAUCAGGAUAUCAAUGACAUAAUUAAGUGGAAUUAUAUUUUUAAAAUUUGAGAAAUAAGGAAACCAUUGCUUUAGGAUAUGUCUCUUAUGUAUUCAGAAAAGCUUGCUUUUGUAAGUUAAGCCUCGAUGAAUAAAUAGUGCAUUUGUGGCUGGCGUGGUAGCUCAUGCCUGCAAUCCCAGCACUUUGGGAGGUUGAGGCAGACAGAUCACCUGAGGUCAGGAGUUUGAGACAAGGCUGGCCAACAUGGUGAAACCCUGUUUCUACUAGAAAUACAAAAAAUAAGCCAGACGUGGUGGUGCACACCGGUAGUCCCAGCUACUCGGGAAGCUGAGGCAGGAGAAUCACUUGAACACAGGAGGCAGAGGUUGCAGUGAGUCGAGAUUGCACCACUGCACUCCAGCCUGGGUGACAGAGUGAGACUCCAUCUAAAAAAAAAAAAAUAGUGCAUUUGUAUUAAUUACAUGGAUACAAUUCUGUAUACCAAAGAAAAAUAUCCACAUUUACUGCAGAUUCUUUUGUAGGCUGUGUAGAAUUUCUUACUUUAGGCCGGGUGUGGUAGCUCACGCCUGUAAUCCCAGCACUUUGGGAGGCCAAGGCAGGUGGAUCAGAAGGUCAGGAGAUUGAGACCACCUUGGCCAACAUGGUGAAACCCUGUCUCUACUAAAAUACAAAAAAUUAGCCGGGCAUGGUGGCGCGUGCCUGUAAUACCAGCUACUUGGGAGGCUGAGGCAGGGGACUCACUUGAACCCGGGAGGCGGAACUUGCAGUGAGCUGAGAUCACGCCACUGCACUCCAGCCUGGUGACAGAGCAAGAUUCCGUCUCAAAAAAAAAGAAUUUCUUACUCAUAUGAACUUGACCCUGUAAACACUAUAAGAAAAACUUCUUUGCUACAGGUUGAUUUUCUUUUGGAAUGGGAUCCCUUUAUUCUGAUAAUUGAUUCUAACAGAAGACUUCUACUCAAUGUGAUAAUGGAAUGAUUUGGAGCAACUCUACUAUCAAAUCAGGGAAAGCUGGCCUCCAGGGUGAUCCAGAGGUUCUGCUGUCACCUUACAAACCCAAGACAAGAUUUUUCACCAGGACUGGCCUUUGGAUAACAUAUACGUUCCAUAACAAUACCUGGAAGGAGGCAUGUGUUUACAUGGCCUAGUGAUUUUCUGUGGUUGCUUUUGUGGAAUUCGGAUGCUGAUUUUAUCAGUGACUAACCAUGACAUGUGGGGACAUUGUAAGAUAAUUGGUAAGUUUUGGAAAAUCUCACAGUGGCUGGGUAAUUCGACUUCCUUUUUGUGCAGGAUUUGGGGAUGAGAAUGGCAUUCUUUUCUUCUUCUUCUAAAAGCUGGAAUCUUGCUAUGUUGCCCUGGCUGGACUGUCUUCCUGCCUUGGCCUCUGAGUAGCUAGAACUAUAGGAGCAUACCACUGCUCCUGGUGAAAGUGGCCAGGAGUUGAAAUAACAGAAAUUUUGUUGGCAGAGUGAUUUGUGCUGUCUCUAGCAGAAUAACACUGAGCGAGUAACUUUACCUCUCUGAAUUUCAGUUUCUUUAUUUGUGAAAAGAAACUAAUAUUGGCCAGGUGCAGUUGCUCACACCUGUAAUCCCAGCACUUUGGGAGGCCAAGGCAGGAGGAUCCCUUCAGCCCAGAAGUUCAAGAUCGGCCUGGGCAACAUAGCUAGACCCCAUCUCUAAAAAAAAGUAAAAAAUAAGUCAAGCAUGGUGGUGUGUGCUCGUGGUCCCAGCUACUUGGGAGGCUGAGGUGGGAGAAUUGCUUGAGCCUGGGAGGUUGUGGCUGCAGUGAGCCGUGAUUUUGCCACUGCACACAGCCUGGACAACAGAGCGAGACCCUGUCUCAGAAAAAAAGCCCACAGACUGAUAUUACUUUAUAGGGUCUUGUGAAAAUAAAGCAUUAGCGUGGUGCCCAGCAUACAAUAAAUAUAAUUAUUCUAUUAUCAAUAAUAUAAACAUGGAGGGCGAUUAUUAGCUCAUUUGCUCCUCAAAGGUAUGUAACUCAAUAAAGAUGCAUUCUCUUCUAAUAGUAAGUUUCCAUUGUUAAUACAGAAAUCGUCCAGGUGUGGUGGUUCAUGCCAGUAAUCUCAGCACUUGGGAGGCUGAAGCAGGUAGAGAGAGCAGUUCAAUUUUCUUUUCUCCCUGCAGGUGCUGCUGUCAAGCUUGAAUGAAAGGUAUCUCAUGGGUGGGCGCGGUGGCUCAUGCCUGCAAUCCCAGCACUUCGGGAGGCCAAGACAGGCAGAUCGCUUGAGCUCAAGAGUUUGAGACCAGCCUGGAAAAAACCCCAUCCCUGUAAAAAAUACAAAAAUUAGCUGGGUGUGGUGGCGCACGCUUAUAGUCUCAGCUACUCAGGAGGCUGAAGUGGGAGGAUCGCGUGAGCCUGGGAGGCAAAGGCUUGCAGUGAGCCCAGAUUGCACCACUGCACUCUAGCCUGGGUGACAGAGUGAGACCGUGUCUCAAAAAAAAAAAAAAAAAAAACAGACACAUUUCGAUAGAAACAUUACUGUAUAAGGUAUUAAAAUUAUGUGUUAACAUUUGAUCACCAAAGGAAAUAUAAGCAUUAUUGCAUUCUAUCUUUUAGUAUUGUUAAAUUUCUUUAUUUAGUCGAUGUUGUAUUAAAGUUAAAUAAAUGCAUCCUUGUUUC